CGCGGCGUGUUCGUCGCCCCUGAGGUGAAGGAGCUCCCGGACACCGGGAACGGCCCCGCCGGGCACGGCCGCUCCCGGACCGCGUGCACGGAGGGAUCGGUCCCUCCAGCGCCGCCGCUCCCCAGCCGGCCCCGCCACAAGUUUGUCCACUGCGGCCACCGUCGCGUCCCCUCCCGGUUCCCGCGGACAGUGGCGCGCGCAUGCGCGGUGUGGGCGGCGCGGCUCCAAGAUGGCGGCGCCCGGCGGGGAGGCGGCGGGCGGUUUCGCGGCCUGGCUGGCGGCGCGGCUGGAGGCGCUGGGCCUCGACCGCGCCGUCUACGGCGCCUACAUCGAGGGGCUGCUCCGUGGGGAGGAGAGCGACGAGGAGCGGCUGGAGGCGCUGCGCGGCGUCCUGGCCGCCUGCCUGGAAGAAGAUCUCUUAAACGAUGUUUGCAGGGAAGUAGUGGAGAAGUGGUCUGAAUCUCAGAUUGUUGACGCCAAAGAGAAAAAAGAAGAUGAGCUCCAGGCCAUCGCCAGCAUGAUGGAGAAGCAGGCCAGGAUUGUGGUGAAGCCGAAGGAGGUCUCCCAGGAAGAGAAGCAAAGGAAAGCUGCUCUCCUGGCCCAGUAUGCCAAUGUGACGGAUGAGGAGGAUGGCGAGGAUGAACAGGAUGGAUCGAUUGCGACCGCAGUAAAUAUUGGAUCGGAAAAAUGUAUCCUUCGAAUUCUCAGUGACCCAGGCUUUUUGAGCAGAAGCUGCGUGGCUUCAGCCAGAGCGUUGCCUGCCCUUAACAUUCCGCCAGCGCUGUUCCGAAACACCAAUGUGGAGGAUGUCUUGAAUGCCAGGAAGCUGGAACGGGAGCUGCUGCGAGAUGAGUUCCAGAAGAAAAAAGAGCAAGAUAAGCUCCAGCGCGAGAAGGAUAAGCUGGCCAAGCAGGAGCGGAAGGAAAAGGAGAAGAAAAGGACACAAAAAGGCGAGCGGAAGCGAUAGCUGGGGUUUUGCAGUUGGACUGUCAAGGGUUAAAAUUAAGAAUACGGUGUGUGUUUAAAAAGCAGCAGAAAUUCUGGGCAGGUGGCUGGCGAGUGGUUCUUUGGAAACGUUUCCUUUUUUUUUUUUUCCCUUUUUUUUUUUUUUUUUGUUUAAAUAGCAAAAAAGAAAUUUGAAGCACCUCCUAAACUCGAAGCGUGCCAUGUGCUUGUGCUGUCAAAUGUCCCAGUCGGUUAUUGUGGCCAGUGUCUGUACCAAAGAACGGUGAAGUGAUUAUGUCCGUGUUUUAAAUUGAUCGGGUUUGGUUUUUUUUUUUUUUACUUCUAACCACUUCAAGCAAAGCAAAACAAGAUGUUGGAGACAGCUUCCAUGCUGGCCGCGUCCUCCCACCGGCCUUGGUUUGCAGCGACGGUGUGUUCCGAUGUGAGAACAUCGCCGAGCCCCUUUCUGGCCUGUAAUUAAGCACAUGCUGCUGCAGGGCGAACGUGAAUUUAUUUACACUAGCCUUGAAAAAUGUAUUUGCAAAUACAUGUAUUUAUGCUGCCCAGAACAACACUAUGUCUUCGUUCUGGCUGAGCUGAGAGCGCAGGGUUCGGAGCUGAGCUCAGCGAGGGCGAGUGCUGCUCUGCAGCAAGGAAACGCGAUGAAAUAUAGAUGAGUUGCAGCUACGAGACUGCACCACCCACGGGCUCUCGGCAGGGGAAAGGCCGUGCUGAUUUGAGCAGUGGCGAAUCGGUCAAGGCCUUACGCUGUUUUAAUACUUGAUGCCGGUAGCUGGAAAAUGGUGCUCCCCGAUGUUUCGUGUGGGUGAAUGUCGACUGUUAUUUCUGUGGCGGUUGCCAGGGCGGGUGCAUUACUGCAGGCGCAGCGGCUGUAGGCAAUUGGGGUGUGCUGGGUUCACAGGCCGGUUGCUCUCAGCGGGUGCAGCUGUAAGUGGGAGCUGCCUGUAGGGGCUGAAUGCUCUCCUGCCUCCAAAGGGCUCGUUACCUGCUGUUUCCAGCUGGUUUUGUGACAGAACACUUAAUUUCUGUAAACUGAGAAUGAAGGAGGCCCUGCAGCGCUUUCGGGGGUGCGGGAGGAACCGGGGUGCCUCGCUCCUGCGCUGCUUCGUGCUCUGGCCGCCGUGUUCGCUGGCGAGGUGCGCUCCGGGCAGCACCUUCCCCGUCGCCUGCUUUCAGCACCCGAUCAAAGGGUUGUGCCUCCUGUUGAACCAGCUGCUGCGAGUGUGAGUAUCCAACCGCUUUAUCUUUGGACUUGAAUAAUAAAAUUGGUUGGCCAAGAA